AUGUUUAGAGGAUCGAACCCUGCAGCUUCUGCAGCCUCAAAGAGGGAAAUAUCGACCCUUGAAGACGAUGAAGAUUAUCUCGAUAGGCCUAGGAAGAAGAUAUUCACAACCAAUCCGGUGCCACCUUCGUUUGUAAAGCGAAGGGACUUUGCAUAUGGACCUGGAGCUGCUGAGCGUAUGCGGGAGGGUGCCUCCUGGGCACUAGAGGUUCAGAGGAAAGAAGAGGAAAGAGAGGCCGAGUUGCGGAGAAAGCGGGAUGAAUCAGUGGCGAAAUACCAUGCGGAGAUGCAGGCCAAACGGAAACAAGAGGCAAACAAAGCAGCUCCAGCAUCACCCCUGCGUCAACAACAGAUACCCAACGUUUCGACACCAUUCGCCGUUAUUACUGAAGAGAUAUAUUCGUCCGGGGCUAUGUGA